AUGACGAAACAACCAACAUGCAGACCUGGAAACGGUUCCCAAUUCGAUGGAGAGUUUUUACAUAACAUAACUCGUGAACUGUUGAAGGAUACACGACUUAAUCAAACAUUGACCAAUGUUGUCAUCGCAACUUUCGACAUCAAGACACAAAAGCCGGUUAUAUUCUCAAACUAUAAGCUUGAGAAUGCUCCGUACUUAAAUGCGUUGUUGUCGGAUAUAUCGAUAUCGACUUCAGCUGCACCGACUCAACUACCACCUUACUAUUUUGUGAACGAUGGUGUUGAGUUCAAUAUGGUUGAUGGUGGUUUUGCAGCUGGGAAUCCGACACAACCAACAAUAAGUGAAGUGCUACAACACAAUGAAUAUCCGAAUAUCUUGGUGUUGUCUGUGGGAACUGGAACAGAAAAAAUUAAGGAGACCUUUGAUGCUCAGACGGCUGCCAAUUGGAAUCCAUCGGAAUGGAUAUCUCCUGCGAUUGGUUUCCUUGGUCGUGCUCCUACACCAUGGACUGAAUACUACCUUGAAUCACUCUUCGUAGGCUCCCAACCUGGCGAUAUAUACCUUCGAAUUGAGGAAUACGACUUGAAUCCUGAUUUCUCCAACCAAGUUAAUGCCUCACAAGAAAGCAUGAACGGCCUUGAAGAGACCGGAAAACAAUUGUUACAAGAAAAUGUUGUAAAGUUGAAUUUGGAUACUUUUGAUCUUGAAAAACUUCAGCUGAAAAAUUCGGAGGGUCUUGACAGGUGA